AUGCCCGGAGUCCCUCCCGAGCUGGCAGUUCACAAGUUGCACGUUGACCCAAGCAUCCGGCCAGUGAAGCAAAAGAGGAGGAACUUCGCUCCCGAGCGCAACGAGGUCGUCAAAGAAGAGGUAGGUAAACUGUUGGAGGCCAAAAUUGUGAAGGAGAUCUACUAUCCGACCUGGCUGGCCAAUCCCGUACUGGUCAAAAAGGAGGACAGAGCCUGGAGGAUGUGUGUAGACUUCACCGACCUGAACAAGGCCUGUCCGAAGGAUUGUUACCCCCUCCCUCGCAUAGACCAGCUGGUCGACUCAACAACGGGGUACGAGAUCUUCUGCUUUCUGGAUGCUUUCAAAGGGUAUCACCAGAUAGCGCUGGACGAGGAAGAUCAGGAGAAGACUGCCUUCAUCACCGAAUACGAUCGGCCGAAACAUGGAGGGUACGUGGAUGACAUGCUGGUGAAAAGCCGAACUCAGGAGCAGUUCAUCAACGACCUCAGAGAAAUCUUUGACAUCCUACGGAGCUCGCGGAUGCGGCUGAACCCCAAGAAGUGCACCUUCGGGGUUAGGUCGGGCAAGUUCCUGGGGUACAUGAUAUCCAAGGACGGGGUAAGAGCUAAUCCCGACAAGGUAAAAGCUAUCAUGGACAUGGCUCCUUCCCGAAACAUAAAAGAGGUCCAACGGCUAGCUGGCAGGAUGGCGGCCCUGAACAGGUUCUUGUCGAAGUCUGCCGUUCGGGGUUCCCCCUUCUUCAGGGCCCUGCGAAGAGGCCCCCAGUUCGAGUGGACUCCCGAGUACCAGCGCGCGUUUGACGAGCUAAAAGCCCACAUCGCACGCUUGCCAGCCUUGACCUCUCCCGCACAAGGAGAAGUCUUAUUUAUCUAUCUUGCAGUUGGGGAGGAGGCAAUCAGUGCGGUACUAGUUCGGGAAGAAGGUAAAAUCCAGAAACCCAUAUACUAUGUCAGCCGAGCUUUGCAGGGGGCGGAGCCAAGGUACACCUCCAUUGAACGGUAUGUUCUGGCAUUGGUGCACGCGACCCGGAAGCUCAGGUCAUACUUGCAAACUCACCCCGUGGUGGUCAUGACCGAUCAGCCUCUCAAGCAAAUUCUUUCAAAGCCUGAGGCAUCAGGAAGAAUGGUGAGGUGGGCUGUGGAGCUGUCUGAGUACGACCUCAGCUACCAGCCUCGCACGGCCAUCAAGGCCCAAGCAUUGACAGAUUUUAUAGCUGAAGGAGUCUCCUUUGGACAACAGGAGCCGACCAGGGAUUCAGCCGAGGCCGAGCAGGCCGGAAGAGCUGUCAAGGUCGCGCAGGCCACCAAGGCCAAACAGACCCACGACGUAGCCGAGGCCAGUCAGGCCAGAAACGCUUCCGAGGUCACAAAAGGCUCUAAGACUUCCCCGGCCGGACAGACCGUAGACGCUGUCAAGGCCAAGCAGGUCGAAGGACUUGCCCAGGUCAGACAGGCCACGAAGGAAGCCAAGGCCGGACAGGCCAGAAGCGCAGCGGAGACCGAACAAGCCAGGAGGGCUGUGGAACAUGCCAUCGGCGAGGUCGAUCGGACCAUUCCGACCUGGACACUGUUCGUGGAUGGAUCUUCAAGCAAGGAAGGAUGCGGAGCAGGACUUCUCUUGACUAGUCCCCUGGGGGAUGAACUGGCCUACGCCUUGAGGUUUGAUUUCAGGGCCUCUAACAACGAGUCCGAGUACGAGGCCCUGGUCUCAGGGAUGGAGAUAGCUCGGAAAUUGGGGGCCGAGUCAAUAGAAGUCUACAGCGACUCACAGCUGAUAGUGAACCAGGUCGGAGGGAGUUACGAGGUCAAGGAAGAGCCCCUGAGAAGGUACGUCGCCAAAGUACACGAGCUGAGAGCUCAGUUGAAAUUAUUCACGCUCAAGCAGAUCCCGCGAAGUCAAAAUAAGAGAGCGGAUGCUCUGUCCAAGCUAGCUUCCACCUCGGUCGGUACCUUGAACAAAGAAGUACUGGUAGAGGUUGUCAGGAAUCGGGCAUAUGAUCAGGUAGAGGCAGCUGUUAUUCACGUGAUGGGCUCAUGGAUGGAUCCCAUCGUGCGGUACCUGGCUAGCGGAGAACUCCCUCCCAGCCGGGUGGAGGCACGGAGGGUCCUCCUCAGGUCGCGGGGAUACGAGCUCUCGAAUGGGGUACUCUACAAGAAAUCCUACCUACGCCCCUGGCUGAGGUGUAUCACUCCGGAGGAAGGAGACUACGUCCUGCGUGAGCUGCACGAGGGCAUAUGUGGAAACCACGUCGGCCCGAGGGUUUUGGCCAAGAAGGGGAUGCUGUCUGGAUAUUACUGGCCGACCAUAUUCUUGGAUUCAGCCGACCUGAUUGAGGCUGAGCCCCUUACCUCCAUUAGCAGUAGAUCGGUGCAGAAGUUCCUCUGGCGAAACAUCGUCUGCCGAUUUGGUAUACCCCAUGUUCUGGUCUCCGACAACGGGCGUCAGUUCGCUGACAGAACGCUUCAAGGCUGGUGCUCGGAGCUCGGGAUCCGACAGCACUUCACCUCGGUAGGACAUCCUCAAGCCAACGGGCAGGUCGAGAACGUUAACAGAACCAUCUUGCAUGGCUUGAAGACGCGGGUUGAACUCGCACGAACUGGAUGGCUGGACGAACUGCCGACCAUACUAUGGGCUUACCGAACCACUCCCCGAACUGCUACCCAGGAGACUCCUUUCGUUCUAACCUAUGGAGCAGAGGCAGUGAUUCCUGCGGAGAUCGGAGUUCCUUCGGGUAGGGUUCAGAAUUUCAUAGCUCGGGACCACGAGGAAGAGCUACGUUUCAACUUGGAUCUGCUGGAAGCAAGGAGAGAAGAGGCGGCUAUACGCAUGGCUAAGUACAAGGGACAGGUUGCACGGCACUACAAUGCUAGGGUGAGAUCUCUGUCCUUCAAGCCAGGGGACCUGGUCUUGAGGAAGAAUAGUGUGAGUCGGCUCCAGGGCACGGGCAAGUUGGACCCAAACUGGGAAGGUCCCUAUGUGGUGAAAGAGGCAGAUCGAGCGGGAUAUUGCAGGUUAACCCAUCUCAGCGGGGAGGAGGUCCCACGCACCUGGCACAAUUCCAACUUGAGGAUUUUCCGAUGA